CAAUCAAAACUAUCUUAACCUAACAAUAUUUUGUAAUCAACACUAAAUAAUUUAAAAUUCAACAAGAAUUCUAAAUAAUCAAGAAAAAAUGAACAAUUUGGUACUCAGACAAAUCAAAAACUUUCCCAAAGAAGCAAUACAUAUACGUGAAUUUCAUCGGACUGCUAUUUUAACCCAGAUUCAAAAAAUGACUAGAUUGAGAGUGGUGGACAAUAGUGAGAUUGGAAAAAGAGCUAUGGCAGAAGGAAAACCUCCAAAAUGUAUCCAUGUCUAUAACAAAACUGGUAAAGGAAUGAUAGGUGAUGUUGUCCUGGUUGCUAUAAAAGGAGAAAAGAAAAAAGGGAUUUUAGUAGGGCUGAAGCAAAAUCAAAAUACAAGAGUACCAAAGUUCGACAGCAAUAAUUUAGUCUUAAUUGAUGAUAAUGGCAGUCCUUUGGGAACUAGGAUUCAUGUACCGAUACCUACGAUCUUAAGAACGAUUCUUAAAGAAAAAACACAUGCUAAGGGUGCUGAAUACACAAAAUUGUUGGGUAUUGCUUCUAAGUUCAUAUGAUUGUGAUAAUUGUAGAUAAUAUUGAAUAAAAUCAACAAAAACU